UCAGAGGGCGGGGCCGCGAUGGGGAGCCGGGCGGUCAGGGGGUGGGGCCGCGAUGGGGAGCCGGGCGAGCGUUGGAGCGGCGGCAGCGCGGGAGCGAGAUCUGGGGCGUGGGAGCAGCAAUUCAAACACCAUGACUCUUCAGCGGGAGCUGAGCCGCUCGCAGGUGUGUGGGAUGAUGCGCGAGGAGCUGUGCCAGGGCAAGGACUUCCUCCAGUCCGACACCCACAUCUUCAUCAUCAUGGGGGCCUCGGGCGACUUGGCCAAGAAGAAGAUCUACCCAACCAUCUGGUGGCUUUUCCGGGAUGGUCUCCUGCCUGAUGACACCUAUGUGGUGGGCUACGCCCGUUCCAAGCUCACCGUGGCCGACAUCCGCAAGCAGAGCCAGCCCUACUUCAAGGUGGAGCCGGAUGAGCAGAAGAAGCUGGAGGAGUUCUUCUCCCGGAACAGCUACAUGUCGGGGACUUACGAUGACAUCACCUUCUUCCGGCGGCUGAACGCCCACCUGGACGCACUGCACAACGGGGACAAGGCCAACCGGCUCUUCUACCUGGCACUGCCCCCUAGUGUCUAUGAGCACGUCACCCGCAACAUCAAGGAGUGCUGCAUGGGCCACGGGGGCUGGAACCGCAUCAUCGUGGAGAAGCCAUUCGGGAAGGACCUGGAGAGCUCCAACAAACUGUCCAAUCACAUUGCGUCGCUCUUCCGGGAGGACCAGAUCUACCGCAUUGACCACUACCUGGGCAAGGAGAUGGUGCAGAACCUCAUGGUGCUGAGGUUCGGGAACCGGAUCUUUGGCCCUGUGUGGAACCGGGACAAUGUGGCCUGUGUCAUCCUGACCUUCAAGGAGCCGUUCGGCACAGAGGGGCGGGGCGGCUACUUCGAUGAGUUUGGGAUCAUCCGCGAUGUGAUGCAGAACCACCUGCUGCAGAUGCUCUGCCUGGUGGCCAUGGAGAAACCAGCCUCCACUGACUCAGACGAUGUGCGGGAUGAGAAGGUGAAAGUGCUGAAGUGCAUCUCUGAGUUGCAGCUGGGCAAUGUGGUGCUGGGCCAGUACAUGGGAAACCCCGACGGGGUGGGUGAGGCCCGGAAGAGCUACCUGGAUGAUCCCACCGUCCCCACUGGCUCGAACACAGCCACCUUCGCUAUCGCCGUGCUGUACGUGGACAACGAGAGAUGGGAUGGUGUCCCGUUCGUGCUACGCUGCGGGAAGGCCCUGAAUGAACGCAAGGCUGAGGUGCGGCUGCAGUUCCGGGAUGUGCCGGGUGACAUCUUCCACCAGCAGUGCAAGCGCAAUGAGCUGGUUAUCCGGGUGCAGCCCAACGAGGCCGUCUACACCAAGAUGAUGACCAAGAAACCCGGCAUGUUCUUCGACCCCGAGGAGUCGGAGCUGGACCUGACCUACGGCAACCGCUACAAGGAUGUGAAGCUGCCAGAUGCCUAUGAGCGACUCAUCCUGGACGUCUUCUGUGGCAACCAGAUGCACUUUGUGCGCAGUGAUGAGCUGCGCGAAGCCUGGCGUAUUUUCACUCCGCUGCUGCACAAGAUAGAGUCUGAGAGGAUCAAACCCAUCCCAUACUGCUACGGCAGCCGGGGCCCACCCGAGGCGGAUGAGCUGAUGAAGAGGGUCGGGUUCCAGUACGAGGGCACCUACCGCUGGGUGAAUCCGCACAAGCUCUGAGUCAGGGGCCAGCUGCUGCCUCCCCAGAGCAACCCUGCUUCUCGCUCUGGGAGGUCCGUCUGCUCCGCUCACUGCUCCCCCCCUCCAGGGACACCUGGGGUGGGGACUUGUGGCUGGGGGGCGAGAGGGAAGGGGAGAGUCGGAUAUGGGUGGGAAGGCUAGCAGAGAAGGGCAAGGUUGGAGGAGCUGGACACCGGGGUGGGGGAGGCUGGCAGAGAAGGGCAGGGAUGGGGGAGCUGGGCACUGGGGAUAUGUCCUGGACAGCCAAAUGAGUUGCUAUUUCCACCCCCCGCCCUCCCUCGUGGGCCCAGGUCCUGUUCGCCCAGGUCUCCUGCAGCCCUGGCCCAGACACUAAUCCCCCACCCAUCCCAUCUAUACCCUCCUCCAAACCCUUCAGUUCCCUGGGUCUGGAUUCCCUGCCCCCUCCAGAUGCACUCCAGCCAGAUCCCUGCCCCGCAUUGAGCCUAGAUCCCCUUUCCCACCUGCAUCCUGGGACCACAACUGGGCCUGGCACAGCCUGUCGUGUUUACAGCCCAUCUCGCUUCCCACCCGUGCUGUGGGCUCUGGCCUCACACUGGGCUGAGGGAGCUUAGAGCCUCUGUUCCAGUGGAGCUGGCUGCCGCCACCUCACCCUGGACUCUGUGCUUGCUUAGCUGCUGAGACAUUCCAGCCCCACUACAGCCCUGGGGCUUCUGUAAAUGGUGCCAUUUUGUAAACAGAGAUUGUUGGAAUCAG